ACAUUUUCUACCAAACAAAAAACAUCAGCUGAUUAAUUAACUAACAACUGCCUCAUCUCAUGAAUUCCUUCAAGAGCUCUCAUUCCGACGAGGAGGUGAUCCUGGCGUCGAGCCACCCGAAGAAGCGUGCCGGGAGGAAGAAGUUCAAGGAGACGCGCCACCCAGUCUACCGCGGCGUGCGGCGCCGCAACUCCAACCGCUGGGUGUGCGAGGUGCGUGAGCCCACCCAGCAGAAGCGGAUAUGGCUCGGGACCUACCCGACCGCCGAGAUGGCCGCCAGGGCCCAUGACGUGGCCGCCCUGGCCCUCAGGGGCCAGGGCGCCUGUCUUAACUUCGCGGACUCCGUGUGGCGGCUGCCCCACCCGGCCUCCAACGACCCCAAGGAGAUACGGAGGGUCGCUGUCGAGGCCGCGGAGGCAUUCCGCCCCACGUUGGGGGGCGAGGUUUAUGAGGAAAGAGGGGAGAUGAAUAAUGCGGCCGCGGCGGUGGAUGAGGGGAGUAGCUCCGUGAAUGUGCUGGGUGGUGAUUUUUGCAUGAAUCAGGAAUAUGACCGGGUGGGCGGCGCGCUGAUGUCGCCGCCGCGGCACUUCGAAGGGGGUUUCGGCUGGGAUGAUGACGGGGAAAGCGAUGCUGAGGUGGAGCUGUGGAGUUACUCACUUUGAUAAAUUAAAUAUAUGAUGAUUUGGGGGUAGGACAUAUAUAUAUAGUCCCACCAAUGAAUGGCUAGAUUUUAUAUAAAAAAUUAUUAUAUAGUACUACUAUACAUAUAUGGAGUAUAUAAAUGAUUUUGCGUAGAAAAUUAUGUAGUGGUAAAAAAGAAAUGAGCUUAGUUAUUUUGUGAUGCACAUGCUUUUUGCGACAUGUGUGGUUUUCUUUUCUUUUUUGUGAAUGCUUUGUUUGCCUGCUAUCCUCAAUUAAUUUUUUUAAUUGGAGUUAGUGUUUGGCUUUUUGGUCCCUUAAAUGGGAUUAUCUGAUACGUUGUCGUAUUAUAUCUGAAAUGCAAACUAUUUGAAAAUGA